UUGUCGGCUACCAUGUGCUUCAAUAUCGGACACUGUUAUAAAGGUGGCAUCAAAUGCUCCAUGUAAGGAAAACAUAUGCAAAGUUUCAACUCUCAAGCAAAGUUGCAUUCUUUGGUGAAAAAUGAGUGGUUUGGGUGUAGUACAUUGGCUUAGACCCCUUGUGGAGACCAAUGUUUGGGAUUAUGUAGUUCUUUGGAAAUAUGGAGAUGACCCAACUAGGUUUAUUGAGUGGAUUGGUUGCUGUUGUAGAGGGAGUUGCAGUAUGAACAUUGGUGUGGAGGCCAAAGAGGAAAAGGGUGAAGAAUAUCGCUUAGCUCCCAUUUGCAGGGAUGAUUAUCUUCAGCAUCAUGUUAGAACAAAGGCUUGUGAGGCUCUUGCUCAGCUUCCUUUUGCAUUGUCUCUCUAUUCUGGUGUGCAUGGAGAGGUUGCCAUAUCACAACAAUCAAGAUGGCUUACGAAGGAUUCAAUUGGAACCCAAGUUUUGGUCCCUGUUGUUGGAGGUCUUAUUGAGCUCUUCUCUGAGAAGCUGAUUCCAAUGGAUAUGAAUAUCAUAGAGUUCAUAACAGCACAUGGCUGUGUCUCUUUGAAGCAAGAAGCCAUAUCUGCACAGAGCUACACCAGUCUGAACAUCAUUGAACAUCUGCCACUAAGGGAACAGUACUCACAUUGGUGGCUACCACACAUGUCGACAACUUUAACUCCUAUUGUCCAUCAGCCGCCAACAAAACAGUGCACCUCCCAUCCCAGCAUUGAAGGACCCCCAAGCGGGUCUAAUCCUUCAACUGAAGAACCAUCAUUUGAUUCAAAAUUUGUUGGUUUGAUUCCAGAUGAAUAUCUUAAACAAUCAGAUAAAAUGUCUCCCAUCCCCAAAACUAAAAUGCCCAAGUACAAUAAAACUUCAGGGAAGCAGCAGAGAGGUUUGAGUUCUCAUUGCAGCGAUGGGGAAGAAGGUAAAUCAAAACUGGUCAAGGAGCCUCAGAAGGAAGGGUACCAAGCUAAAAAUCUUGUAACUGAGAGGAAUAGGAGGAACAAGAUUAAAAAAGGACUUUUUACACUGCGGUCUCUAGUCCCAAAGAUAACGAAGAUGGAUAGAGCUGCAAUUCUCGCAGACGCAGUUGACUAUAUAAAGGAAUUACAAGCACAAGUGAAAGAACUUAAAGAUGAGGCCAGGGCUUUGGAAGUUCAGGACAGUGAGAACACGCCACAAUUGAGGAAGACGGCUAACAAAGAACAAGAAGGAACCAGGAGUAACACUCUGAAUCAAAGUUCUUCUGAUUGCACUAAAAAUAUGCAGAUGGAAGUACAAGCAGAAGUGCACCACAUUGGCAAGAAAGAUUUCUUAAUUAAGUUAUACUGUGAGCAGAAGCAAGGUAGAUUCUCAAAGUUGAUGGAAGCUAUACACUCAAUUGGACUACAGGUGGCUAGUGCCAAUAUGACGACAUUUGAUGAUAAAGUCCUUAACAUUCUGACUGUUAAGGCAACCAAGAAGGAUAUUCAACCAACUAAACUGAAAGAGUACUUAAUACAGAAGACAAGUGAAGAUAGACAAAGUAGGUAACAAGCUCAGAAAAAUGGUGGGGAUAUGAAUGAGUUCAAGAACAGCACCCUUUCAAAGUUUGUAGACCCAGAAAUUUUAUUCAACUGUGAGAAAUAAAGCACUCUUGAAUGACAAUUAUCAGCAAAGCCAUUAAUUCAGAGCAAAGUUGAAAGUUCAUUUGUUAGCUGAGGACUUAGAUGUUGGCUGUAAAUAAACGGUGUACCACAACUUCAUAGAAGUUGCACUGCAAGCGUAAAUGGUAUUUCCAUUUUUUCUAGCAAAGCUAUAUUCUGUUAGUAACUUAUCAUAUUUUCUCCAUUGUGGUGGCCCGAUAUGGU